GGACUCAAACAAUCCACUCGUGCUCCCCUGCGCUGUGGAUUGUGCGCCACAGCAGACCGAGAGCGGGGCAGACAGUAGUAGUAGGCUCCAGCAGCAGCAGCAGCAGCAGCAGCAUCUACUCUGUUAACCGGAGGACGACUACCUACCUGCUCUCAGUGGCCGACGUUUACCGCUGCUUUCCAGACUAUUACUACCGCUGGUGUUUCCCUGAAAAUACUCUGUUUUUGAGGACUGUUUUUCCAAACAAAACACAGGCUUUCGGGGUCGUGAAGUGUCAACCCCAUCUUUUUCCCCACAGAGACGCACAAAAGACGCACUCCUCCCGAGGAGUUCCACCUGGAUAGCUGACUAAAGCAGGUUCCGGUCCGGUCCGGUUCUUUGGUCCAGUGGAGGAGAGAGAGAGAGACGAGGAGAAGUUCUAGCUGCAGGAAGAGCAAGAAGAGAGACACAGAAGAAGAAGACAGGAUGAAUCUCAAGAGUCAUUUGAUUUUCACCCUCUACACUAUUUAUGGGAUUCUUCUGAAAGUGAUGGCGUCAAAAGGCAAAGCCCGAGGCAUCAGCGGUCAGUACCCUCUGGUUCAGAAUGUGACGGUGACGGAGGGCGGGACGGCGAACAUGACCUGCCGUGUGGAGUAUAAUGACAACACCUCCCUCCAGUGGUCAAACCCAGCACAGCAGACCCUCUUUUUCGGUGACAAGAAAGCUUUAAGGGACAACAGGAUUGAGCUGGUGCACGCGUCGUGGUCGGAGUUGACCAUCAGCAUCACUGACGUCACGCUGACGGAUGAAGGCAUGUACACCUGUUCUCUCUUCACCAUGCCUGUCAGAACAGCCAAAGCCUACCUGACUGUCCUAGGUGUGCCGGAGAAGCCAGAGAUCGACGGCCUGACGAAGCCCGCCCUGGAGGGAGACCACAUCACUCUGACCUGCAUGACUCAGGGCAGCAAGCCCGCUGCCGACCUGCGCUGGUUCAGGAAUGAGAAGGAGGUCAAAGGUGCCAAAGAGGUGAAUGCAAGUGGGAAGACAUUUACGGUACGGAGCUCCCUGCAGCUGCACGUGGACAGAAAUGAUGAUGGAGUGGCCUACACCUGCAAAGUGGACCAUGUGGCACUCACACAGACGCCGCAGCAGGCCACUGAAGUACUGGAGGUCCACUAUGCUCCUCGGGUGCAGAUCAGCCACUCCCUUGCAGUCCCUCAGGAGGGUCAGUACUUAAAGCUGGAGUGUGUGUCCAAAGGAAACCCUUCGCCAGAUCCUGUGAUGUGGACAAAGGACGGUGGUGAACUUCCUGACCUGGACAGGAUGAUUGUAGAGGGGAGGGAGCUCACCUUUACUUCGCUCAACAAGACAGACAACGGCACCUACCGCUGCGAAGCCGGCAACCACCUAGGGACCAGCAGUGCUGAAUAUGUACUCUACGUCUAUGACGUCCCCACAACCCUGCCUCCAUCCACCACUCCCCCCCUACAUCCCAUCCCUCCAGAUCCUACCGCUCUAUUAGGCUCCCACGCCUCAGACCCCACAGUCACUGGCAACAGAGAUCCCAACGCUCUGGGGCAGCACGGUACUGACCAUGCCUUGAUCGGAGGAGUCGUGGCUGUGGUGGUCUUUGUCACCUUGUGUUUAAUCAUUGUUCUGGGAAGAUACCUGGCCAGGCAUAAAGGAACGUACUUGACAAACGAGGCCAAAGGGGCGGACGACGCGCCCGACGCCGAUACAGCUAUCAUCAACGCUGAGGGCAACCAUGCACACGCAGAAGAAAAGAAAGAGUACUUCAUUUAGACUGCAGAGGGAGCUGUGCAGCUCUCUCCUUCCCCUUUCCCCCCUCUUUCAAUCUCUGUAUCUCUUCUUCUCUCUCUCUCUCUGUCUCCCCCUUUUCUUCUCCACCUCUGACCACUGCCCUCGCCGUGUCAACAAGGA